GGAUGAACCCAUAAAAGGGAAAAGCAAACCAUAAAGUAGCCCUCAACUUUCAUGCUUCACUUCUACUGUAUGUUCCAACAUAGAGGCCUCACCUACCACUGAUAACUCCCUGCCUCUUCUUAGUAGCAUAGCAUUCCUUUUGUUUUUCUUUUAAGUUUUCAUAUCGCCACCGUUGCUUCCCAGACUUCCAUGUGGCCUCUGCCAUUACUAAUUCAAUUUCCCCAAAGGGCCACUUUCUUCAACUGGACUACUGCUUAACUUAUUCAAGUUUGCUUGUUCUAGAGAAUAGCAGCAGCAGUAGUAGUUCUUAGCAGGAUUCCCAUUUAGGAGAAACCAUAAAGGAAAUCCUGCAAAAGUUCCUGUAUGCUUGGGAUUCUUGAUAAAGUGGGAGUUAAUUUGGGAGCCUAAACUUGCGUACAUUUCCAAAUGUGUUUCAGGCCUCCUCUCAUAAGAAGAGAUCUAGGGUUCAGAGUUUUCUCUGUAAAGUUGUCAAAAUAAAAAGCUAUUGGAGAGAAAGGUCCCUCGUUCUUCAAUCUCAUCAAAAUAGAGGUGCUUUCAUUUGUUUAAAAUGGCAUCCGGCCUUAACUUUGAACUGUCAAAGAGAACUCACAUCUUUCAUCUUAAGGUGUGGGUUUUAAUAGCCAUCUUUGUGGGCUUGUUCCUUGUGUUUAUUGUUUUGGUUCUGCCAUUUUGUCUGUCACGUAAAAGAUCAAAAAGAGGCAGUGCCACUCUUCCAAUUAGCCAAAUUCCCAAGGUAUCAAAGGAAAUUAAAGAGAUCAAGGUUGACCAAUAUUCAGCCAAAAAUUAUGCUGCCCAUGAUAUUGAUUUCCUUACCCUUCAGGACAAGUUUAGUGAUAAAGAUUCAGAUAAGCUUCUUAGCUGUGAAAAGGCCAUGAAUGCUGAUAAUAGCAGUCAAUAUGAUUCCUUUACUAAUUUGGAGAAAGAAGGUGUCGCGUGUGAGUCAGGGGAAAAGGGGGGCGCUGGAGCAAUAUAUAAUUCACAUCCAGUAGCUGUUUCUUCCCCUUUAUCAGGUCUUCCUGAGUUUUCUCACCUUGGUUGGGGUCAUUGGUUUACGCUUAGGGACCUUGAAGUUGCAACCAACAGAUUUUCCAAGGAAAAUGUUAUUGGUGAGGGUGGAUAUGGUGUUGUUUAUCGUGGCCGACUGAUAAACGGCUCUCCUGUUGCUGUUAAAAAAAUCCUCAACAAUAUAGGGCAAGCAGAGAAGGAAUUCAGGGUUGAAGUUGAGGCUAUUGGUCAUGUCCGCCACAAAAAUUUAGUUCGACUUCUGGGUUACUGUAUUGAAGGAACUCACAGGUUGUUGGUAUAUGAAUAUGUAAACAAUGGAAAUCUAGAGCAAUGGCUUCAUGGAGCCAUGAGCCAUCGUGGUUAUCUUACUUGGGAGGCUCGUAUGAAAGUUUUAGUAGGCACUGCAAAAGCUCUUGCAUAUUUGCAUGAGGCAAUUGAGCCCAAAGUGGUGCAUCGAGAUAUAAAGUCCAGCAAUAUACUCAUUGAUGAUGACUUCAAUGCUAAACUAUCUGAUUUUGGUCUGGCUAAGCUGCUCGGUGCUGGAAAAAGUCACAUUACAACCAGAGUUAUGGGUACCUUUGGAUAUGUUGCACCUGAAUAUGCAAAUAGUGGCCUCCUAAAUGAGAAGAGUGAUGUUUAUAGCUUUGGGGUUGUGCUCUUGGAAGCCAUUACUGGAAGAGAUCCUGUAGAUUAUGGUCGCCCUGCACCUGAGGUAAACUUAGUUGACUGGCUCAAGGUGAUGGUCGGGAGCAGACGCUUUGAAGAAGUUGUUGACCCAAUUGAGACCAGGCCACCAACAACAGCCCUCAAACGGGCUCUUUUGACCGCUUUAAGAUGUGUUGAUCCUGAUGCUGAAAAGAGACCCAUUAUGAGUCAGGUUGCUCGCAUGCUUGAAUCAGAAGAGUAUCCAGUAUUGCGAAAGGGUGGCAGAAGACGAAGAAAUCAACCAGGCUCUCAGAGGGAGAAUGACGAGACAGAUAGGAGCGAAAAUCCGAUUUUGAGAAGAAGUGACGGCUAAGCAUUGCCCAGCUAGCAAAACCAUCCUAAAUGAUGAUGAACGGCCUUCCAAGGUUGUGAGCUGCUGCUGCUCGUUUAAAAGGCAGGCUCGGAAGUGAGCUUGUUGUGGUGGAGUGUAUCGUUUUUUGCCUUUUUGGUCUGUCGCUUUACCUAUAUUAUAGAUAAAGAAGAUAAGAAAGAUAAAGAUGAUGGGAGGGAGCAGUACAGUAGAAGUUUGUACAGGCAGGCCUUCGUCUCUUCUUUCCAUCUUGUUAUUUACACACACACACGCACCCAAACUCCAGUAGAUAGAUAUAGAAAUUAUAGGUGGUUCGCGGACGCAUAAUGCAGGUUUCUUGAAAGAUAUAAUGCUGUACUUGAAGGAUGUUCCAAUUUUCACG